CGUGCUAACUAAGUAUACGGCAUCAGCUUUAGUUGUUUGCGUAAUGCGUAUGCCUGGGCACCAUUACAUCUUCAAACCCUUGUUCACCCUUAAUUUUCUGUGUCAGAUCCGCGGUUCGAUUUUCAUUCGGGCAACUUUCUGAUGCUUCACUCAACAAAUUUUGCGAAGAUUGGAACGGAUCGAGGGGUUUUCGGCUUAAGUCUGCCAUGAUUUGGGCAAAUAUGAGCUACAGGUCUUGGACAUUAUGGAUCUCGCAAGAUGAGUGAAGAAAACUGGCAUUAAGCGUGGCAGCGGUGAUAUGGAUCUGUCCAGAAGGGUUUGAUUUUGCAGCUGCAUUGUGCUGUGCAAAGCGUUUCAAAGCGGGGCUUCGAACCCAGGCCGCUCAGUAAACCCAGGAGAGGGAAUAUAUUGCACUAGGGUAUAAGUUAAGAUCUCUUGUUUGCAUAAGACACUUCAUGCACAAGAUGAAGAAUGGUGUGCUAGAAUGCAGUGUCUGCCAUUCGAAGUUGGGAAUCUCCCCAACUACUCGGGGGAUUUCCAGGGCAUAUGAUAGUCAUCGGAGCAAGAUGUCCUCAAAGUUCCGUGCUCUAAAUGUUCUUUUGGUAGUGGGUGAUUGCAUUCUGAUUGGUCUACAGCCGAUAUUGGUAUACAUUUCUAAGGUUGAUGGGAAGUUUGCCUUUAGUCCUGUAAGUGUUAACUUUCUGACGGAGGUUGCAAAAGUUGUUUUUGCCAUAGUCAUGCUCCUGUUCCAGGCCCGGAGACAAAAACCAGGAGAGAAAUCUAUUCUUUCUUUUUCCACGAUAUUGCAGGCAGCUCGCGCAAAUUAUCUUCUCGCAGUCCCAGCAUUUCUGUAUGCUAUUAAUAAUUAUCUGAAGUUCAUCAUGCAACUUUAUUUCAAUCCAGCAACAGUGAAGAUGCUUAGUAACUCAAAGGUUCUUGUUAUUGCACUGCUGUUAAAAGUUGUCAUGCGGCGAAGGUUUUCAAUAAUGCAGUGGGAGGCACUGGCUCUGUUACUUAUUGGGAUAACUGUGAAUCAACUUCGUUCACUGCCCGAGGGUACCACUGCACUAGGGCUUCCUGUUGCAGCUGGUGCAUAUAUCUAUACAUUAAUUUUUGUAACGGUUCCUUCUCUGGCUUCGGUUUUUAAUGAAUAUGCUCUAAAGAGCCAGUUUGAGACAAGCAUCUACCUUCAGAACUUGUUUUUGUAUGGCUAUGGGGCUUUCUUCAAUUUUAUUGCCAUUCUUAUAAUGACCAUAUACAAAGGGGCAAACGGUUUUAAUAUCUUCCAGGGUCAUUCAAAGGCAACAAUGAUGUUGAUUUUUAAUAAUGCAGCACAGGGCAUUCUUUCAUCAUUCUUUUUCAAAUAUGCUGACACAAUCUUGAAGAAGUAUUCUUCGACUGUUGCUACGAUAUUUACUGGCUUAGCUUCUGCUGCUCUAUUUGGCCACACAUUAACCAUAAACUUUAUAUUGGGGAUUUCAAUUGUUUUCAUCUCCAUGCACCAGUUCUUUUCAUCUCUCUCAAAGCCUAAGGACGAGGCGCAAAAUGGAGCUGUCGAAAUGCUGGACAUUCAAUAUAACCACAGACCAAAAGAGUCAUCCUUCAUAAACAUGACAGCUGGAGCUACAGAAGAUGCCAGUCAUAGCAUUGUAACAUUGAAUGAAAAAGAACCACUUCUGCCCACCUGAGACUCAGGGUUAGGCAAUCAAUAGAUUGAUUUUUUUGACUUUAAUUUUUGGUACAAUAUAGGUCAAUUAUUUCUUCAUUUUGUAACAAUAAGCAGCUGUAAUUUCAUAUCCAGCUCUAAUAUAUUCUUAUUCUUAUAUUAAUUCUAGAAAGGUGAGCAAAGUUUUUCCGUGGAGAAUCUCUGCUGAGCUCUCCUACAUGGUUCACUUUUAGAACAUGCAGAAUGUUACGAGAUGUAAUGGAAUAACAUUCAAAUCCCAUGUCAAAGGGUAAUUGUAAAUCAUAGCUCCAUUGCUAAGGCUUGCCACCGAAGACAGAUGGUUCAUUGUUUGAGAGAAACAUGAUUGCAACUUUAAAUUUUUGGAUACAUGAGAGUUAAUAGCUUGAUGGAGUGAAAUUACACAUUGAGCUCUAGGAAUAUUCCACUGGGAGAUAGUAAUGAAAAGGGCUUGCAUUAAUGCCUUUCCCAUGAAUCCUUAUGGCUUCAAUUGUUUCCAAGUACGUUUGAGUAGGUUUCUGAAUGUGGAAUAUUCUCCAUUUUCUGCCCGAA